AUGGAGAAUGCAGAAUGGCCUUGUGUUAUGUCUCAUCGUUGGAUCAAUAGGUUAGGUCUCCCAGAGGGAACAAACCCCAUUUUCCUCUUUGAGAAGCAGCUUACACUUACAGAUACUAGUAGCAGCCAAUAUCGUUUGACGCUUCCUGUUUACUGGGUGGAGAAAAUUAUUCCUCUAUUGACAAGUGAGGAAAGAAAUCUAAUGGGGAGAGAUGGAUUAGAAGCCCAGUUGUGGGAUCAUACAGGGCGAAAGGGAGAGAUUCGAAUCAGGUCUCAACCUACUUUUGCUAUUGUGGGGAGGGGGUGGAAAGAGCUGAUGAAUGCCAACCAUUUGACAGGCGGUAUCGACUCAGUUCGCUUAUGGGCUUUCCGCCAUGGGAAUGAACAGAAGUUCUGUUUGGCUCUUGCUCAUGUUCGACUACCCUCUGAACUUUAUAUGUGA